AUGUGCGACGCAAGUGACUUUGCAAUAGGAACAGUCUUAGAUCAGAGGAUCGAAGGGAAAAAUUACGUCAUCUUUUAUGCCUCGAAGACUCUCAACCAGGCCCAAAACAGCUAUGACACCACCGAGAAGGAGAUGCUGGCUGUGCCCUCGCUGAAUAGGGAUGCUUAUGAGUUCUGCCAGAAUUGCAAUAGGUGCCAACUGACCGGAGGGAUUUCUAUGAGAGAUGGGAUGCCACAGACUCCUAUAAUAGUCUAUGAGAUUUUUGAUGUUUGGGGCAUGGACUUCAUGGGCCCAUUCCCAUCUUUAUACCGGAAUAUGUAUAUAUUGGUUGUUGUGGACUAUGUAUCCAAAUGGAUAGAGGCCAAGGCUACAAGUUCCUGCGAGUCGAAGGAAGUUUCAAAGUUAGAAAAGGCCAAUAUAUUCAACCGAUAUGGGGUGCCCCGAGCGAUCAUCUCAGACCAGGGGACUCAAUUCUGUAAUAGAACGAUUAAAGCACUGAUGAGAAAAUAUGAAGUCCACCAUCGGUUAUCUACUCCAUGUCACCCCCAAUCAAAUGGUCAAGCUGAAAUUUUAAACAGAGAAAUCAAGAGCAUUCUGGAGAAGACGGUGAAUUCCUUGAGGAAGGAUUGGAGUAAGCUUCUUGAUGAUGCCCUCUGA